UGCUUCCUCCACGCUAGGCAUGUCGGGGACCUGGGCAACGUGAAGGCGGGCCCGGACGGUGUGGCCAACGUGCUCAUUGAGGACUCUGUGAUUGCGCUCUCGGGAGACCAUUCCAUCAUCGGCCGCACACUCGUGGUCCACGAGAAGCGAGAUGACCUGGGCAAAGGUGGGAAUGACGAAAGCAAGAAGACGGGCAACGCCGGGAGCCGCCUGGCCUGCGGGGUCAUCGGCAUCACCCAGUGAACGUCCCCUGGCGCGUCUGCGUCCUCAGAACGCCUGUUGUCUCCUAGUUGUAGAAGUUUCACCGAUAAACAUUAAACACUAACCUUCAAAGUGUAAUUUGUCUUUUUUGAAAAACUGCUGUAAGUUCCUGUAAUGUGACUUACGACACUGGAAGAUUGUAUGCUUGUGUCCAUCUCAUUCCAUUAAAAUGUCUGUUCCAAUGA